AUGGAGCCGCCGAAAGUUCCUGCCAGCGCCUUUGCCUUAUUUUGUUCAAAGCGCCGUUUGGAUGUCAAAAAAUCUCUUGAGGAGAAAAACCCUAACUCCAACCCACAACUUGGAGAAAUUCAGCGGGAGCUUUCUUCUCUAUGGAAGAACAUAGACCCUGAAGAGAAGCAGCGCUACAACGAAGAACUCGAAACCCUCAAGCAGCAGCGCCUCCAGUGGCAACAGCAGCAACAACAGCAGCAGCAGCAACAACAGCAGCAGGAAGCACAGGACUCAGAGGGACCUAGGACUGGAGCAACACCAGAGUUUCCUCAGGCGCGAAUCACCCGCAUAGCGAAGCUCUCCCCUGCAGUUAAAAAGCUCUCUGCGGAUGCAGCAAGGAGCCUCAAUUAUGCAACGGCAGCAGCCUUGCGUCUUUUUACAGCACAAAGUCUGUCAGGAAGGGAACACGACAAAAGUCUACAUGUAGAUGAUGUUUUGGCGAUGAUAACCAGAGGCGGGAUGCCCAUGAAGUUCCUCCAAGAGUGUAAGUACGCGAUAUCCGAAGACUUUUGUAUGGAGGAAGAAGAAAAUCUUGCGGAUGGUCCUGUGCGUGUAGAAGCAAUGGAUGUAGAGAAGGGCACAUUUGCUGCUCCUCGUCCUCUUUCCUUAUCUAAACAAAAAAAGAUAAAAAGAAAAGAAUUAAAUAAAGGAUAUAAUGCAGAUAUUUCUUCUUUCUUUAGAAAAGAAUAA